UUGAAUAUUUUUGAUUAUUGUUGUUUCUCACUCGGAAAAACUAUAAACAAACGAGGGGAUAUUGCAAUGUCCGGUCCGGCCUUAAGUUCUAUUUGUGCGGAAUAAAAACCGCUGGUUGAAAAUUGAUUAAAAUUGCCGGGACAACUAAGCAAUUCUGAGUGUGAGCCACCAUGGUGAAGAUCCUGCAGGCCUACAACUUUGCCAGGCAACAGACCUACGCCUUAAACGGCGAUAUCCUGGCGGCCAGUCUUAUCGGAAACAACCGGAUAGCCAUCAGCAGUGCGGAGCAGUUCAUCGAGAUCUACGACAUAGCGGGCAAGCAGUCCCAGUCAGAGGACCCGGGGAGAGCGCCCCCGGAGGAGGGACAACCCAGCGAGGCGGGUGCAGAAGCGUCUACCACCGGAGGCGAUGAGAGAACGCCAAGUAGGAGCACAUUGGCCACGGUGGGCGAGGUUGUGCAACUGAUUUACUGCGAAGCUGGCAAGUACCUGCUCACUCUGGAGAAGGAGCAGGCAGGCAGUCCGGUGCACUCCUCCUCCACCAUAAGCUGCACCUCGAGCAGCAACAGCAAUACGGUCUGCUCCGAGGACGACACCAAGAUGUUCGUACGCAUCUACGCCAACUUCUGGAAGUUCCCGGACAGCCGGCUAAACGAGUUGCCUAUCACCAUCCGGAUAGCCUCGAUGACCACGCCCAAGACGCCGCUGGUGGAGAGCAUUGAUGUAAUUGAGCUGCCGUUGCGCAGUCCGCCGGAGCUGGUGCAGUGCUGCCAGACAUCCGGCAACAUCAUCGUGAGCAGCCGAGACAGGAUCUACCUGUACGAGUACACCCAGUGCGUCCACGAGAACACCCAGCCCAGAUUUGCCUUUAUCGACUUCCUGCCCUUCAAAUUCUUCGUGCAGCUGAAUUUCGUUCCAGUGCGCCUUUGUCUGGCAGAGAACGUGAUCGCUUGCCUUAGUCAUCGUUAUUGCGUGGCCUUCAAGGUGGUGGAUGCACUCGCGAGCAGAGCAAGUGGCGGGCAGGAUGUAAGCUGUCUGGACAAUGAUUACGGUGCCGUGGACGAGCCAUUAUCGGAAUCCCUGAGUCUGGGCAGCAAGGCUAGUGCCAGUGGCGUUGGCGGAGGCGUGGUCAGUUCCAGCCACAGCCAGCAGAGUUGCGAAAGCGACUCCCUGCAGUCGACAAGUAGUGGAAAAGCACAGGUGAUCUUGAAUGGAGCCCUGCCUGGACGGUCACCGUUGGACUUUAAUGUGGCCAAGCUGGUAAACAAUGCCUACGGCAGGGAAUUUGAACCCGAACUGCGCUCCCAGUGGGAUGAGAGUGACUUCGGAUCAGGAAAGGGUCAGGAAGACAACCAGGAUAUCACGAUCAGCCCCCAGCGAGCUGCGGACAUUAAAAUCAAGCUUGUCAAUGAGGCCAAGGCCAUGAACGUGAGAGGCAUCGCCGGUGGCAGUCAUCUGGAUGAUGCCUCGGUGCAAUAUGACGUGCGAAAACUGCUGCAGAUCUGUAUGAAGACCUCUGAGAACCAGCCGCGAGUUCUGGAUAUUCUUCGCUGCAUGGACCUUAAGGCCAUCUACCAAAGGAGCAGCCAGGGAGUGGACCAGGAGGACGACGAGUACGACAUGGGCAAUCAACAGGUGCCCAGUGCGGUGACAACCUUCAAGCACGUCAACCGCCGGACGCUCAAGUCAUCUCAGCAUCAGAGGUGCAUGGGGCACGCCCUCCUUGUGGCCAGCAGUGUGGACGGCUUUUUGUACCAAUUCUCCGCCCAAGGAAAAUGGUACAGUGAAAAUGAAAAGCCAGUGGCCAGCUACAGCUUCACGGCUCCGGUCAUCCAGGUACACAUAAAUGAUUACGUAGUGUAUGCGGUGACCUCCGAGUCUGUGGAAACACACACUUCGCGGAUCGGGCACAAGCUCUUUCACAAUCGCUUCGAGUAUCCCUCGAUUGGCGGCUUGUUUCCAGAGGAAUCAUCUCCUGACGUAAGUUCGCCCAUCGCCGUCGUUGGUCUGGCCGCCUUUAUGCAUGUUCAGUUUGUGUGCGUGAACCGGGAGCAGCUAGUGCUCAUCACAAAUGCAGCUCUGGAACAGCACAAGCGGCGGAGCAUGGGCGAGGUGCCUGGUGGCCAAGUGGUGGCUGUUAAGAGAAAUAUUGCCGCCCGGUUGUUAGCUGAGGCGAAGGCCAAGCACAGUAGCCUGUUAAGAAGUAGCAGUGCAGCCCAAUCGUCGACGGUGGCCAACGAGUGGACGUUGUACAACCUGGAGGUGCCUCGAGUGGAGUGUGUCAUCGAGGAUCUAGAGGGCAUUGCGGACUCGUACCGCAGUGCGAGCAGUUGCAACUUCUACGAUCUCAUGGAGGAAGCACACGUCAUGCUGCGACUGAGUCUCACAAUACAGGGCGAGCGCUUGGGUGCGGACCGGGAACUGUUGCUUCGGAACAUGUUUGCGGCUAACUGCAGAAAGCUGGCGGACUUCUCAAUACGGUCUAGCAAGCAGGAAGUUUAUCUUCAGGCCACAGGAUUCUACAGAAUGUGCCAGCUUCAUUUGGUAGACAUUUUUAAUAACUACAUAGAUAAUUUUAUGGACAGCUAUGAGAGCGUGGAGACCUGUGAUCUUGCGGGAUUGAUAUACACGGUUAAGCUGUUCCUCCUUAGUCUGGGGACAGAUCGCUUGAAAUCGGCCUUCCUGAACCAGACAGUUCGACCGUUCUUUACGCCAGCUAGGGUCAUCCAACAGGGCUACAAGCAGGUUCCACUAUCGCUGGAGUUACUUAACAUGUUUAUUAAACACGCACCUGUGGAGAUUCCGCAGAUAAUGCUUAUUUCUCCAGUUGUUGCAGACUCCAUGAGUGGGGAACUGAUCAACUAUCUAAAGUAUUUAAACAAGUUAUCCCCCGAUGAAAAUCUGCUGCUGGCUGUAACCGCGUGCCGUAUGUCCAACUAUUUGCUGGCUCAGGAGAUAAUUUCAAAGUCUACCAGACGCAACCUGGCCACCGCCUUGAUACGGCACAAGAAUGUUUUGUUCGACGACAGUACUGUGAUCUAUCAGCGACGCCACCAGCAGCAGGCUGACUCCCAGGCAUCAAGCUCGCGCCCCAAAAAAUCCCGACGAAUAGGUGAAAGGAGCAAGCCUUCUGCGGUCGGUACACCAACUCCGAGUACCAUCGUGUCUUUCUCCGACUUUUGCGAGACGAUUCUGCUAGCCAACGAGCAACCAGCUCUGAUUGAAGCGAUCAGCGACGCCUUUAUUCAUGCGCUCUGCAUUGAGCAUAGCCUGACGCUGGAUGUGAUUCUGCAGUUGUUCCUCAACUACAUCGCCUCGCACAUUGGUCAGAAGGGUUACCAGACCUCGCAGAAGGUUUUUGUAAACAUUCUGCAGGUGUACUUCUACGAUCUCUACGACGUUAGCUCGUCCCUGCAGCCCCACGAGAUUCGCUCGCAAACGCCGCCACAGCUGGAUGACGACUACGACGAGGAGUGCAGUAGUUCGCGGGCUCCCUCGCUGCACAGCGAGGCGGAUGCCCAGUCACUGUCCAGCUCUUGCGCCAGUUCGGCGCACGAGGAGCGAUCGGCCAGCCUCUCGAUCAGUGGCAGACAGCAGCGAAUCGUCUACGACCAGCUGCAGGAACAACAAUCUUCGCCAUUCCAGAAACGGAAUUCAAAUGCCUCGCUCUCACAGCCCCUAGCUGAUGACGACGUGGCUGCCACUAAUCUCAAGGGUCUCAAGAUCUUGUUUCGCAUGUACAUGGGCCGGCUGAAGGCCCUGAGUGAUCUUAUUUCAGAUCUGCAGUCAGCGGAUGUGGAGCAACAGACGAGCCGGGAGGAGUUCAUGAAUCUGCGUAAGGAAUGCAUUUCCUACAUGGUGGGAAUGGCUCCGAAUUACUGCCCCAAGCCGAUCGUAAAGAAUCCCAAUGAUCCGCUGGCGGGCAAGCUAAUUUAUGUGCCCUUCAUUCCCGAUUAUAAGCUCCCCGAGGGAGAGGAGUAUGACCGCCACAUCAAAGGCUACAUCCGGCCUAUUCCCUGCCUGCUGGACCGACCCCAAUAUCUGAACCGCCUUCCGCCCUUCGAACGCAGCGACUUCAGCUAUCCGAACAAGGACGACGGCGAGUUUGAGGUGCGCUUCCUUAGCUGGCAUAACGAGUUGCUGACCCUCACCUUGAAGAUUCAGAGUCUGCUGGCCUCCACCAAGGUGGAUCGAGAGAUUAUCUCGGAGUUCCUUGCCUUCAUACAGAAGACGCCGCAUCUAAUGGGUAUUGACAGUUUCUUGGUCAUCGUGUUGCCCAAGAACUUGGCCAUCAACUACAUGCUUAGUUUCUGUCCCGCUUUUUUGUGGCAGUAUGGAAAGUCCUGUGGUUUUACGCCCAAACACUGGGAGAGCCUAUUAAGGAAGAUUCUCAGCAAGCAGGAAGCGCUGCCCAACUGGAAGGAAAACAUUACGGAGAUACUAAAUAACCUUGUGGCUGAACUGAGCUUUGAAGAACUUCUGCAAUGCUUUCCCAGUGAAGUGAUUCAAAAUCGGAACACGGCGCAAUACUUUGCCACGGAAUUUGCCGAGACAUGUGUGCUUUAUGAACAUGAGGAGCUCGUGUUUAAAACUCCUGAUCGGAAGGAAGGUCACAGGGAUCACAUGCCGAUGGACAACAUAGACGAAGACAAUGUGUUCGAGCUAACGCUUCGCAAGGCGGUGGCCAAGCAGCGAAGCAUUGCCCUGAGGUCCAUGAUUGAGUCCACGGGAACCCAACUGUUUGACGCUACCAGCAAUCCCAUGUACAACCUGUAGUCGGUCUACAUUCCACGUUAAACUAGUCUAAAAGAAAGUUAUCAUAUUAAAAAUCGAUAAGAUUGAUUGAUAUUUACGUAGCAAAGUAGUGAGCACGGAAAGCUUUGCUUCUACUCUAUAAAUUGGUCGACACGUAUUUUGUAGUUUUAGGACACACCCAUAAAGAGGCAUAAUUUAUUGACAUUUCAGUUUGACACAAAGCGCAACAUUCGGAAACUGAGGCCUGAAAUGAUUUAUUGAGCUAAGCUGACGGGGAAGAACUCCGGAGCUGUAGGUUGUAAAAAUAACUAGCUCGUCCCGCAUUUAUGCGGUAGUCGCCAUAUUAAAGCAGAUUUAUGAUCAGUAGCAACUAGGAAACCUCCCCUCUACCUGUAUUUGUAUUCGUACCAUUGUUAAUCCAAGUUUCCUUUGAAUUAAGCUUUAGAAACCUUAAAGUAUUUGUACUCUAUUUAUAUAUAUUAGUUACCUAGUCCCCUUAUUUACCCACACCCAAGCACACUCUCUUUCGACAAAAACAACAAGAUCAAGUGAUAUUUUUAAUUCUUUCAUUGAAUCUGAACAAUAAAAGCAUAAUUACAUUACAAUGCACAAA